AUGGUCGGUUGUGAUGGAUGUUCCGCGUGGUUCCACCUACGCUGCGUGGGACUACCGGAAGAAAAACUACCGAGGAUGUGGUACUGCCAAAAUGAAGCCUGUAGGCAGAAAGCUCAGGAGUACCAGAAGCAGAAGGACGCCAAAAAGUCGGUCCGUAAGCAAGUGGACGAGUCCGACAAAUACAGCACGACUUACCACACCGGGACGUCUAGCGUAGAUGCGAAAGUGCGAGGGGGGGAGUUGGAGGCGGAAAUGGAGCUGAGAAAGAAAAAGAAGCAGAUACAGCGCGCAUACGAAAGGAAGAAGAUGGAGAUGGAGGAGAAGAUACGUGUUGAAGAAGAAGAGGAGCGGAUGGCCUGGCAAGCUGAGAUGCUGCGAAAGAAGAAGGAACAGAUCCAGCAGAUGGAGGCGAGGCAGAAGUUGUUCGAGAUGGAAAUGGCGGCCAUGGAUGAAAGGAAAGUGUUGGAGCUGACAAAGGAAAACGUCAAACGGCUAGAGGAGGACGACGACGAUAGCGACGAGGAUGAUGAGGACGUCGACGAAUGUGAAAGCAGCGAAGAAGAAAAGGGUAAAUACGAUGAGUCAGAUGGAGGAAAGCGGCUGAAUAAACGAGCCACCGUCGCGACAAAAGAAAGCGCAAAGGCGGGCGCCUUGCAAUCGAGCAGGAGGAUGGUCGACAACGUGAGCCAAGACGGGCAGGGGCAACAGCAGGUCAGACCGACAAAGGCCCAGUUAGCAGCGAGGAAGGGGUUGACCUACAAACUUCCCAAAUUCUCGGGCAAACCGGCACAGUGGCCACUGUUUUAUGCAGCGUACAAUGCCUCCAACGAUGCCUGUGGUUACAUGAACCACGAAAACCUGAUGGGGUUACAGGAAGCGCUCGAAGGGGAUGCACUCGAGCUAGUGUCGGGGCAGCUACUUCUUCCGGCAUCGAUUCCGAGGGUCAUCGAGAAGCUACAACGGCACUACGGCAGCCCAGAGCAGCUUCUACAAAGUCUGUUGGACAAGGUGGAUCGUUUGGAGCCUCCGAAACCGGACAACCUCCAGAGUUUUGUUCCUUUCGGAAACACGGUGGAACAACUUUGCGGCCACAUGGAGGCUGCGGGUCUACAGCAACACCUCGUCAAUCCGCUGCUCGUUAAGUCGCUGGUCGCCAAGCUUCCGGAUCGUGAGAAGCGUGAAUGGGUUCAUUACCGGAGAGGCCAGGGCGAAACCACGCUGCGAACGCUGACGGAUUUCCUAAUGGACAUAGUGGUGGUCGCCUGCGAAGCCAACACCAAGCCGAAGGAGAAGAGUGCGCUGUACUGCCAUGGCGAGGGCAGCAGUCCGGCGGUUAACUUAAACGAAGAAAGGAGGCUCAAACCGUGCCAACAAUGCCGAGUCACCGAUCAUCGUCUGCGGCGCUGCACAGAGUUCAGGAAGCUGCGAUAUGCUGAGCGGCUGAAGUUGGUGAAUCGGGAAAAGCUGUGCCACGUCUGUCUCAACGAGCACAAAGGGCAGUGUAAAUUCAACAUCCGCUGCAACAUUGGCGAAUGUAGGGCAUUCCACAAUCCACUGAUGUAUCCGGUGGGAAAUGUUUUCGGGUUGAGUGCGCACAUAACGACAAACUGCACAGUCAUGUUCCGGAUUGUUCCAGUCCAGUUACACUGCGGAGGAAAGUCGGCGACGGUGUUGGCGUUCCUGGACGAAGGUGCUUCGGUCACGUUGGUGGAGAAAAAGCUCGCAGAUCGCCUGGGCGCAAUCGGAGUACGAGAGCGGCUGACCAUUAAAUGGACGGGAAAUGUCUCGCGUGUGGAAGAGUCCCGGAGAAUGAGUUUGUGGGCGUCGGGUACAAGUCUAGCGGCCGGCGACAAAUUGUUGCUGCAUACGGUCCAUACAAUGGGAAAGCUUAUGUUGCCGCAUCAGAAGCUGGACCAUGAGGAACUUGCUGCGCAGUACGGCCACAUGAGAGGACUGCCGAUCGAGUCCUACGACGGACAGCCGCAGCUGCUAAUCGGGGCGAACAACAUUCAUUCGUUCGCGCCACUGGAGGCAAAAGUAGGGACACCAAUGGAGCCUAUUGCUGUUCGUACCAACCUCGGCUGGACGGUUUACGGACCCAGACAGUCCACUACGGUGGCGGCCGGCAACUACCUCGGGUACCAUCAACAGAUCACCAAUGAUGACCUGCAUGAGCUUCUCAAAAGCCACUACGCGCUGGAGGAGUCGGUGGUAAUGAUACCGCAAGAAACGGAAGAAGAAAGACGUGCCCGGGAAAUACUGGAACGCACUACUAAACGUAUCGGCGAUCGCUACGAGACCGGGUUGCUGUGGAAGACAGACGAGCCACGGUUCACGGACAGUUAUCCAAUAGCCUUGCGGAGAAUGAAGCAGCUGGAGAAGCGGCUCGACAAGAAUCCGAAGCUGCGAGAUAACGUCGGUAAACAGAUCGAGGAAUACCAGCAGAAAGGGUACACACAUCUCGCUACCGCUGAGGAAUUAGCGGGCACUGCCGCCGACCAAGUGUGGUAUCUCCCGAUCAACGUCGUCCAAAACCCGAAGAAGCCCGAAAAUAUCCGUCUCGUCAGGGAUGCCGCAGCGACGGUGCAAGGAGUCUCUCUAAACUCUCAGCUGCUAACAGGACCGGACAUGCUUGUACCGCUGAUUAAGGUUCUCCUCGGUUUCCGUGAACGGCAGAUUGCGUUCGGUGGAGAUUUGAAGGAGAUGUUCCACCAGUUGAAGAUACGCGCAGAGGACAAGCAGAAGCAGCGGUUCAUCUUCCGGAAAACGCCGGAGGAUCCACCAAGCAUUUACGUCAUGGACGUGGCGACAUUCGGAUCGACAAGCUCUCCCUGUUCGGCCCAAUUUGUGAAGAAUCGGAAUGCCGAAGAGUUCGCCGCACAAUACACCAAAGCGUCUGCGGCCAUCAUUCACAAACACUAUGUGGAUGACUACUUCGACAGUGUCGACACCGUAGAAGAGGCGGUUUCCCUAGCACAAGAGGUUAGAUUAGUCCACCGAAAAGCAGGUUCUGAGAUCCGGAAUUGGGUGUCCAACUCGCCCGAAAUUCUACGAAGUCUUGAAGAGAAAAAACCGGCGGCGCCGGUGCAUUUCGGCUGCGAUAAACAGACGUCAAAGGAAAGAGUUCUGGGAGUGAUCUGGGACCCGAGGAUGGACGAAUUCUCGUUCUCAACAAAGAGCCGGGAAGACAUGAUGCCGUACCUGUAUGAGGAAAAACGUCCUACGAAACGACUCAUCGCAAGCUGCGUGAUGGGAUUCUUCGAUCCGCUCCAAAUGUGA